UAGUUUUACUUAAUAAAGAAAAACAGACAGAGUGGAAAAGAUAACUGCAAAAAUAAAAACACAACAAACCAAAUUUCUCUCAAAGCACAAAGCGGGAGAGAGAAAGAGAUCGAGUAACUUCUGUUCGUCAUCAACGGAUCAACCCUUUCUAAUUUUUCAUUAAGAUGACUGAUGGCCGCUGCAGAAGCAAGAACAGCUUGGCAGAGAACAGCUAACCGUUACUUCGUCCAAGAAGAUGCUAAAAGAGCUCCCAAGUUAGCUUGUUGCCAAUCUUCAACUUCGUCAUCCAAACUAGCCGAUGCAGGACCGACUAAUGUUACUGAUGCUUUGGAUCAUCGAGCUGUAGGUCGUAUGCCUUUCAAUAGGACACCUUCGUAUAGUAAUUUGCCUCCUGAUGCAAAAUGGUGGCUUCAAAUGCAACCAAAUCACGGGGAUUAUAGAGGCCUUAACUUUCAGCAGCUUAAUGCUAAGACAGCUGAAAACUCUUCACCUGUUACUAUGAACACAGAUUUGCCAGUCAGAGAGAUUGCUACUAUGACUGACAAAAGCGAUUUUGAGUCAUUUCUUGAUGUGAAGAAACAUCCUGACUCGAUAUUGGACGAACUGAAUACUGUGAGUAGUAAUAAGGUGGAUCAAGAUUAUCUUGAUGUAAAGAAGAUGACAGACUAUUAUGAGUUUCUGGAAAUGGAGAUGGUUGGUAGCUCAAUUUCUAAACAAACCAGCAAUAUUUCUUCAAACAAAGAUUCUUCUUGGAUCGGGGGAGAGAAGGUUCCUUGGUGGCGUGUUUCAGACGGGGAGGAACUGGCCUCGUUUGUGGCGCAGAAAUCGCUUCACCAUGUUGAGAACUGUGAUCUUCCUCCCCCUCAGAAAAGGCAUGUUAGAAAGGAGCCGCCGUCUAAACAGGCUAAGUGUAUGUUUGACCAUGAUGAGAUUUAUAUGUCAUCUCUAGAAUGGGAGGCUCGUAGUGAUGCCAUUUCCAGUCCAUCUUCCGGCGUGUCACAGGGAAAACAUUGGUCUUCAGUACAAGGUGGACUAUCCCAAAAUGACAAUGCAGCUUCUGAACCUAUCAGAACAAAUAAUGACGUGCCAGAAGAGGUAAGGGUUUUUGACGAGGACCCUUGCAAGGCUAAGCUAUUAGAAGCACUUUGCCAUUCCCAAACUCGUGCAAGAGAAGCAGAGAAGGCAGCAAAACUAGCAUACACUGAGAAAGAACACAUUCUCAAGCUUUUUUUCCGACAAGCUUCCCAACUCUUUGCUUAUAAGCAGUGGUUCAAAAUACUUCAAUUGGAAAAUCUCCUCUUACAGACAGAGGGUGAUUCAUCAUCACCUCUCACUGAUUUCCCCGACGUGCUUCCAUGGAAGCCUCACACGCCCCGUAAAAAGGUGCAGAAGCCAAAGCGGCGUAGAAGAGGGUCGCAAGAAAACGACAUUGGUAAAUAUGCUGUCGCUUUUGCUGUGGGAUUCACUCUUGUUGGUGCCGGGUUAAUUCUGGGAUGGACAGUUGGUUGGUUGCUACCCGCAUUUUAGGUGAGCAACAAAACACAACACCUUGUUUAGAAGUUUGAAGAAGCAGAGUAGUAAGUAAGAUCAGGUUUCUUUUGGCGAUACAGUUGUAAUUUGCUUAGGUUUUUUUAGCAAUUUGAAGAUUUUCCUUACAGUGGAUGUCUGUGUUCUUGUAUGUAUGUAUUUAGUUUGUGUAAUGUAAAUACUUUGUAUGUAAAUAUUGACCUAUUGUAACAGCUUUCUUCAUUUCAAGGUAUGUACAAUUUCUUCAAUAAAACUCAUUUCAAGUUA